CUGAUCAAUCUCACUCCUAGUCUUCUGAAAUUGAGCCUAUCCAGUCGUCUCCCUUCCCUACCAUCUCAAGUACACGUAUCGUCUUUUUUCAGGAGGCCUGCAGAUCAACAAGGUCUGUGAAUUCGCGUGAAGCAUUUCACGGGUUGGCGGGAUUGGUCAGAUUCGGAGUGCAAUUUCUGGUGUUCCUGAUCGGUCCGACAUUUCCUAAAAAGCCAUUAUCCACGCCUUGGGAAUUUCACUCCCAAAGGAUCCGCCUUUCUUCCUAGAUUCGGAACACCUCGUCAAUUCUCUGAGUCAGGUUGACGGACAUUGCAGCCCGGAGUUGACGUUAACGGAAAAUGGCUCACGUGCAGAAUCCGUUCGACCUUCUGACGGGCGGAGGCGGCGCUUCUGACGGGGGCUCCAAGAACCGCCGGAACCGGAAGAAAAAGCAGCAGCAAUCGCACGGAGAGGACCAGCAGCAGCAGCAGCAACAGCAGCAGCCGCAGGAGCAACCCAAGGUGCAGCAACAGCAGCAGGAGCCUGAGUUGGUCCAACCUGUUACCAAGACCGAACCUCAACCGGCAACCACCGCUGCUGCUGCUGCUAAGACGGAUCAACAUGUAGACGCAGCUUCCCCCGCAGCUUCCUCUGCACCUUCCUCCGCAGCUUCCUCUGCUAAGCCCAAGAAGCAGAAAGGGAAAGGCGCGAAGGCGAGAGCCCCUCGAUGGGGAGACGAGGUGGAGGAGGAACAAGCGGCCGGCUCAGCCGCCGCUCCUGAGAUCUCCUCCAAACCGGCAGCGACGGCAGUCGCGCCGUCAGUACUGCCGUCCUCGCCGCCGCCGUCCGGCACGGAGAUCCCUCUGAUCAAAGAUCCCAAGGCGUACGAGACGGGCGGGCUGAUGCCGGCGGAAUGGGGAGCGGAAACCGCGCGGGAGGAAGCGUGGCAGCAGGGCGGAAAGAGCAAGGGCGGAAAGCAGGCCAAAUCCGCGGGUUCCGCCACCGGCGGAGCGGAAGCUGGCGCCGCUUCCGUCCCUGGCGCUGCUGCUGCGCCUGCGCCAGGCGGGGGCGGACCGUUCAGCGCGGAAGCGGCGGCACUAGAGGCGGCGGCGGAGGCGUGCGGAAGGGAUGCGGAGGCGCGGGUGCGGCAGUGGCAUGAUUGGACUGUCCGCCUGCAGCAGUUGCCCGCUCCUGGUGCGGCUACGGCGUGGAAAGAGAUCUUUCUGCGCAGUCGAGCAUUGGAGAAGACCGUUGAGAGCUGCAUCACGCUGCCUCUGCACCCGCACCACCUGCCGCACCUCCAGGCGCUGCUCUCUGUGUCCCUGGGACAUCAGGAGGCGGCUCAGGUGAUUUCCCAGGUGGCAUCGGACCUGUCGCAGGUGCUAUCUGAGGAAGGUGCCACCCUGGGGCUGGGCGGCACAGGUGGACCUGGGGGCAAGGGGGCAGCGGGAGGGGAUGUGCGUGGUGCGGCUGCUAAGGCUCUGUCUGCAGCUGUGACUGCAGUGAAGCUGGGGGGCUCUGGGUGGGCGGUGGAGCGGAUUGCAAUGCAGCUUCGGGACGCUGGCGUUUCUUCAAAGCUGCAGGAGAUGGAAGCCAAGGCAGCGUCAAUGGAGCAUCAGCUGCAGCUCAUUGCCGCUGGGGGUGCAGCAGCAGCGGCGGCCGUCGCAGGCACAGCAGCAGCAGGGAUGGCAGGCGACGAGGGGGGAGCAGCAGCACGCGGCAUGAGGCUAUCUCAGCUGGUCAACAUUACUGAGUCUCGCAUCACCCUCCUCCUCUCCAGCCUGCAAUCCCCAGCGCCAUCACCAGCCGAAUCCCUCUCUCCCGCUGCAGCCGAAGCAGCCGCUGCAGCCGCCCAUGCUUUACAGUCCGUGCGUGAUCUCACAUCCGAAAUCGUCCGGCGGAAAAAACUCCCACCAACACUUAGCUCGGCUGCUCAGGGGCAAGCCGGGAGUCUGGCUACCGCGGCGGUUACAGGGACAGGGGCGGGCGGGAAAGCUUUGCCUGCUGCUGCUGCCGCUGCAGGGGGGGAAGACGGAUGGGAGACUCAAGGGGGGGGAGGGAAGGGGGGGAAAAAGGGAGGGAGGAAGGGCAAAGGCGCAGCAUCAGGGGCGGCAGAAGGAGCAGCAGCCGCAGCAGCAGCAGCAGCAGGGGCGGCAGCUGUGGCGGAUGCGAGGAGGAAACUGGAAGAAUCGGCAGCAGAGAGCAGCAAGCUGAGGGCUCAGCUGGAGGCAGCAGAAGCAGAGGCAUCGAGGCUGCGGCUGCUGUGGCUGGAUGCAGAGGCCAGGCGGAAGCAGCUGGAGGAGCAGGUUGCUGCUGCUGACUCUGCUGCUGCUGGUGGGAAACCCCUUGCUCCAGCCCAGAACGGGGCCCCUGCACCGGCACCCGUAGCAGCAGCACACGCCGACCAGCAGCAGCAGCAGCACGAGCAGCAGCAGCAGGGCGAGCAGCAGCUGACGCCAGAGCAGCUGCAUCAGCUGCGGUGUGCGCAGCAGCUGGGCGUGGUGCAUGCCCUCGAGUCUGUGCUGCAGCGCCCGCAAAUGGCCCUUCCAGGGCAGAUCGGAGGGCCGUUCUCGGGAGCCCCGGAUCGUGAAGCAGCGGUGAUGGCGGUGGUGGGGCGGGCAGUGGAGAACCACCUCAGUGCGCUCUCUGCCCUGCUGCACGCUAAGCUGGACCAGCUCAAAUCCGCGGGCGAGCGCCUGCAGUUCUCUCAGGAGAAGCUGCAGAAGAUGAAGGCGGAGAAGGACGCUCUGCAUGCAAAGGGGAAACCCCAGCUGGCCGCAGCUCUCGCCAGGCCGCUGCAAGCCAUAGAGCAGAUGCACAAGACCCGUGCAGGCGAGGUCCAGUCAGUCAUGGCCGAGGCGGAAGCCCUGGAAGCGGCUCUGCAGAAGCCUCAGCUGCGGUCGGCUGUGGCGCUGCUGCCGCCCAUGCCGUCAGUCAACGACUUCCUGCAGCAGAUCGGGGUCACUCUGCACCAGGUGCAUCAUGAGUAUGCGGCCAUCCAAGCAGGUGCUGCCAACUCGGCUGCUGCAGCAGCUGCUGCUGUUGCUGCUGCCGCCACAACGGCACUUGCAACUGCUGCUCCACCUGCCACUGCCACUGGCAAGAAGCAGGGAGCAGGGAGGAAAGGAGGCAUGGGCGGCGCUGCUGCUGCUGCUGCUACUACCGUCCCUGCUGCUACCCCUGCUCCUGCUCCUCCUCCUGCCGCUGCUGCUGCUGUUCCUGUGCCUGCUCCUGCCCCUGUUGCCAUGCCAGCUGCACCAGCAGCAGCAGCUCCAAUGGAGGCAGUAGCAGCAGCACCCAAGCCAGCAUGGGGCGUGCAGUCUGCUUGGGGGGGUUCAGGCUUUGGUGGCGUGAUCGGGAUGAUGGGGAUGACUGGAUGAGGGAUCGAGGGGAUGGGGGAAGGAUGGGAUGAGGGGUCAAUUGGCUAACACAGUCUGCUUUUGGGGGUUCAGGGUUUGGUGGCGUGAUUGGGAUGAGGAGAUAAUGUGGUAUAGGGAUGAUGCGACAAGGGAUGAUGGGAUGAGGGGGAUGAGGAUGAUGGGUUGAUGGGUUUAACGUUCAAGGGGGAUGCUGGGGGUACUGGACAAAGGAGGGAUGGUGGGAUGUAAGGGAUGCUGGAUGCGAGAGGUAAUUAUUGGGAAGGGAAGGGGGGUUGGCUGUUGAGUCCACUCAAAGGGCGGGGGUUUGCUUUAUGGGAAAGCAGACAGGUGGUUGUGGAAGGAGAUUACUCGAAGCUCGAAGGGCAAGUAAUGGUCUGGGCAAAUGGAGAUGGGCCUGUAACUAAUAUAUUGCAAGAUGCUUCUGACUUUGAAACAUUGCAGGCAUUCUUCUUGAACCAGAGUUGGGCGUGCAGUGACGGGGUUUUCAUCCUGCUUCCUACAUGGCAUGGUAUGGUGAGCACUUUUUGUAUGAGACGAUUGAGCAUAAUCACAAGGUUAUUGUGAUCUCCCGAUAAUUAAGCAUGACCAGCUCU